UCGUUAAAAAAAAUCUUGAUUUUUUUGUGUUUUGUGAUCUGCAUGGUGAAUUCCUUUUCCGCAGAAUAAAUUUUGUGCGUUUACAUAAAAAAGGAGAAAUUUUUAAUUUUCAAUCUGUUAAAAAUAUUCUGCUGAAAGGGUCGGCGUGGGGAUUUUGAAGUUUAGGGUAAAGAGAAAGUGUUGUUCCGGUUGUAAUAGAGUCGUCGUCUGCUUCUUUUGAGGGAGUAGCCGGGGCCUCGGCCUCGGCGGGCUUUAAAGCUCCCACCUUUUGAAAGCUAAUCACAAAUAUCAUCAUUUUUUGUUAACCUUUUAAUUUUGUCUUUUUCAUAACUUUUUUAGCUAGUUUUACAGAUUCAUUCAUAGGAUGCCGGCCCUGGCUUGCUGUGUAGAUGCUGCUGCCGUAGCGCCUCCUGGUUACGCGGCUUUCGUUGCCGGGGACGGCUCCCUUCCGGCGGUGGCUCCCUUUGCUUCUUCCACCGCCGCCGCCGUUAAUUCCAACUCAACCCAUUGGUCCCCUGCUCACUCCUCCGCUCUUUACCGUAUCGAAGGCUGGGGAGCCCCUUAUUUUUCCGUCAAUGACUCCGGCAAUAUCACCGUUAGUCCGUACGGAACGGACACUCUUGCACACCAAGAAAUCGAUUUGUUGAAAAUCGUCAAGAAAGUUUCGGAUCCGAAAUCGGUGGGCGGACUCGGUUUACAGUUUCCCCUAAUUGUUCGCGUACCAGAUGUGUUGAAGAACCGGCUCGAGUCUCUUCACUCGGCUUUUGAAUCUGCAAUCCAAGCCCAAGGCUACGAGUCUCAUUACCAAGGCGUAUAUCCCGUUAAAUGUAACCAAGACAGGUUCGUUGUUGAAGACAUAGUUAAAUUCGGGUCGCCCUUCCGGUUCGGACUUGAGGCCGGUUCAAAGCCCGAACUCCUCCUUGCCAUGAGCUGCCUCUGCAAGGGAAACCCAGAGGCCUUGUUGAUCUGCAAUGGUUUCAAGGAUGCGGAGUACAUUUUCCUUGCUUUGUUAGCAAGGAAGCUCGCGUUGAACACUGUAAUUGUUCUCGAAGAAGAAGAAGAGGUGAAUUUGGUUAUUGAAAUAAGCAAGAAACUUUCUGUUCGACCUGUGAUUGGAGUCCGAGCCAAGCUGAGAACCAAACACUCGGGUCAUUUCGGGUCAACUUCGGGUGAGAAAGGCAAGUUCGGGUUAACAACCACCCAGAUUUUAAGGGUUGUUAGAAAGCUUCAAGAUUCGGGGAUGCUUGAUUGUCUGCAGUUGUUACACUUCCAUAUUGGAUCCCAAAUCCCUUCAACAACUUUGCUCCAAGCUGGUGUCGGCGAAGCUGCACAAAUCUAUUCUGAAUUAGUUCGUCUUGGCGCUGACAUGAAGGUUAUUGACAUCGGAGGCGGCCUCGGAAUCGAUUAUGACGGGUCGAAAUCUGGUAAUUCGGAUCUCUCUGUUUCUUAUGGCCUUCAGGAAUAUGCUUCAUCUGUUGUUAAUGCAAUUAAGUUCGUCUGUGACCGUAAAUCUAUCAAGCAUCCAAUUAUUUGUAGUGAAAGUGGAAGAGCCAUUGUUUCCCAUCAUUCUAUUUUGAUAUUUGAGGCUAUUUCUGCUAGUGUUCCUACUGCAAUGAACCCGGUUGACCUUCCAUUUAUAUUGGAGGGUCUCUCUGAAGAUGCUCGUGCCGAUUGCUGGAACUUGAUCCAGGCAGCCGUGAGACAUGAGAAUCAGACUUGUUUGGUUUAUAUCGAUCAGUUGAAACAAAGAUGUGUGGAUCGGUUUAAAGAAGGGACUUUGGGGAUUGAACAGCUUGCUGCUGUUGAUGGAUUAUGUGACUUGGUUUCGAAUAUGGUUGAUGCAUCAGAUCCUACUAGGACAUACCAUGUGAAUCUCUCGAUUUUCACUUCGAUCCCUGAUUUUUGGAGCAUAAGUCAGGUUUUUCCUAUAGUCCCGAUUCAUCGAUUGGAUGAAAGGCCUGAUGUGAGAGGGGUGUUGUCUGAUUUAACUUGUGACAGUGAUGGGAAGAUCGAUAAGUUCAUUGGAGGUGAAACGAGCUUGCCUUUACAUGAGUUGGAGGGUAAUGGCUAUGGUGGUGGUGGUGGUGCUAAUGGGCGGUACUAUUUGGGUAUGUUUUUGGGUGGGGCUUACCAGGAGUCGCUCGGUGGAGUGCACAACCUCUUUAGCGGCCCAAGUGUCGUUAGUGUGUCGCAGAGUGAUGGUCCACACAGCUUUGUGGUUACGCGAGCUGUUCCUGGUCCAUCAUGUGGGGAUGUCCUCCGAGUGAUGCAGCAUGAGCCUGAGCUCAUGUUUGAGACCCUCAAGCACCGUGCGGAAGAAUUUUUUGGACAGGACCAUGGUGAUGAAGGCACCUACGCUGCUUUAGUUACCACCAUUGCUCGUUCCUUCCACAACAUGCCUUAUCUCGUAGCAGCAUCUCCUUGUUCUUUGACUGCCAUGAAUAACAACGGUUUUUACUAUUCCAACGAGGAAGAUUACAAUGCUGCUGUAGAGUCCGGACCUAGUGAGGACGAGCACUGGUCGUAUUGUUACGCCUGAAGCAACAUUCUACAAUUUGCUUUGUUGCCUUAUUUAAUUUCCAUUAAUAAUGUUCCAUUUUAGCAGAAGUUGAUAGCAUACAGGGUGUUUCGCAUUUUGUUGGGUAGAAGGGAUGGGAAUCGAAUCCAGCCUUUUCUGUAAA